GCACUCGUUCCUUCAGUGCAAUUGAGCCUCUACCUGCCUGGCACUGGUUGCAGCUCAGCUUCUUCACAAUGGUGGGUCCCAAUGGCAAUGAAUCCAGUGCCACGUAUUUCAUCCUAAUAGGCCUGCCAGGCUUGGAAGAAGCUCAGUUCUGGCUGGCCUUCCCACUGUGCUCCCUCUACCUUAUUGCUGUGCUAGGUAACUUGACAAUCAUCUACAUUGUGCGGACGGAGCACAGUCUACAUGAACCCAUGUACAUCUUUCUUUGCAUGCUUUCUGGCCUCGAUGUUCUCAUCUCCACCUCAUCCAUGCCCAAAAUGAUGGCCAUCUUCUGGUUCAACUCCACUACCAUCCAGUUUGAUGCUUGUCUGUUACAGAUGUUUGCCAUCCACUCUUUAUCUGGCAUGGAGUCCACAGUGCUGCUGGCCAUGGCCUUUGACCGCUAUGUGGCCAUCUGCCACCCACUACGCCAUGCCACUGUGCUAACAUUGCCUCGUGUAACCAAGAUUGGCAUGGCUGCUGUGGUGCGGGGGGUUGCACUUAUGGCACCCCUACCUGUCUUCAUCAAAAGGCUACCCUUCUGCCGAUCCAAUAUCCUUUCCCAUUCCUACUGCCUGCAUCAAGAUGUCAUGAAGCUGGCCUGUGCUGACAUCCACGUCAAUAUCAUCUAUGGCCUCAUCGUCAUCAUCUCAGCCAUUGGCCUGGACUCACUUCUCAUCUCUUUGUCAUAUCUACUUAUCCUCAAGACUGUGUUGGGCUUGACACGUGAAGCCCAGGCAAAAGCAUUUGGUACAUGUGUCUCUCAUGUGUGUGCUGUUUUCAUAUUCUAUGUACCUUUCAUUGGAUUGUCUAUGGUGCACCGGUUUGGCAAGCCGCAUGACUCCCUCCUGCCCAUCAUCCUGGCCAACACCUACCUGCUUGUUCCUCCCGUGCUCAACCCUAUUGUCUACGGAGUGAAGACAAAGGAGAUCCGGCAGCGUAUCCUUCGUCUUUUUCAUGUGACCACCCACACUUUGGAUCCCUAAGGGGUCAAAUUUCUUUUUCAUGCAAAGUCUUUCAGUUCAGAUUUUAAUAUCAACAUUUUGGAAGACAGUAUUAGGAAAAAAAUU